UGUCGCAUUUGCCUUGAGUGCAGCGGGUGUCGUACUGUGAACACACAUUGUCAAUCAGUGAAGCACUUAGUGCUAGUGCAGUGUUGGACUAUCAAUAUGAGGGGAUACGUUUUAGCGGCUCUUGUUUUGGGUAUAGUGGCGGCGAAUGAAAUUGACAAUGAGAUGUCAACAUCGGAAGACACGCUAAAACGUGGCCUCACAAACAAAUGCGUGUCACGGGAGACCUCAUCAUGUAUCGCCAUCGAACUAGUCGGCUACGUGGACCGGAUGCUCAGGACAGCCGCCUUCCAGCUCUCUGACGACCUCAUGAUCGUUGAUGAGAGCAAUGGAGCCGCAGCAGAAGUUCAAAUCAAGCCGGAGUCCCUUGCUCGCGCGGGCACAUCACUCGAGGACCAGGCACAACAGCUCAUCAUGGACAAACUGUGGAACUUCGCGACCACGCGGUCCUUUAGGUACAGGUUACUAGACAAUGCGGACGUCGUCAUCGCUGGGAAGACGGAGAAAGAUGGCUCAUUGGGCGUAGGUGUAUCAAUGAAAGCCCACAAAGCAAUCGAGAGUGGUAGAGCAAGGAACAAGAACUUCGGUCCAUUCCUCGCCGCCGCCGCCUUGAAACUGGGCCUACUGGGGGCAUUGACCUUCAAAGGCCUCUACCUGAUGGUCGGAAAGGCUCUCCUGGUGUCAAAGAUCGCGCUCCUCCUGGCGACGAUCAUCGGCCUGAAGAAACUGUUCUCUCCUCAGGCUAUCAUCAAAAAGGACUAAAUCAUAUUGGUGAAUGGGACCUGACGGAGCGAUUGACGAACCUUUCGAGGGUUUAAUCUCAACUAACAAACUGCUGAUGUGGUAGAGUUAACAAUAAACUACAAAAUGAAGGUAGUUUUACAAAAAUACAAGGCCUCUUUUACACUGUACGAGUUGUGACUCCGUCCGUAAUUUAUUAAGAAAUUAAAUAUUUCAUUAUUUGUUUACUAUUUGUGGAUGAAUAAUAUUGAUUGAACAAGAAAUACGGACAAUAGUGUUUCGUUAUCAAGAAAUAUUAGCCACAUAAUCAACUUAGAAGACCUGAUUAACGUCAAUUAUACAAAUAUUCUUGCUUAUGUUUACGUUGAAUUAAUACCAAAAAAAAACUACCUAAAUAUAAACAUAGGCACAGUGUACAGGGGGUCUUAAUAAUCAAUAACACUUUAAUUUAAAGUGUGGCUGCCUAAAGUCAAUAUUUUAUUUAUUGUUAACUCUGUCACAAAUGAUUCGGUAACGAUUGUAAAUAAUUAUUUAUUUUAUUUAUUAAAACCUUUACUAACUUGUAAAGUAGCUGGUAGCAUUUAAUUUUAAUGUAAAAGCUGUGUGCUUGGAAUGAUAUAAUAAUAAUUUAAUAAUUUAUUGGCAUUAAUAUACUAAUGGGUAUUUAUUGUGGAUUAAAUGGAAUAUUCACUAA